GCCGUGUCAGCGCCAACGGGACUGGCGCUGACAUUGUGCCACCGUGGCGGCCGGGCCGAUCCCCCAGCUGACGUGGCAGCUACCUCAGCGCCAACCGCUUCGGCGCUGAGGUGCCCAACAUCAGCGCCAAGUACGUUGGCGCUGAUCUUGGCUACUUUGAGCCCGGCCGAGGCCGCCCCAGCCAGUUAGUCCUCUGUUUUUCCCCAGCCGCCCGCCUAGGGUUCGGUCGCCACCGCGUUCUCCUCGCCCAAUCUCCCCCAAAAACCUCUCUAAUCGAAGGUGAUUUGUGUGGCAUUGAGUUUGGGAUCGGAAGAGAAGGUAAACCCCUCUAUAAACCCUAAGUUCCCCAAAGUUUUAUUGGAUAUUUUGUAUUGUUUUGGUUGUAGACGUGGUUUGAUAAUAGUUGGCUAAGGAUGGAUUAUUAGAUGGAUAAUGUGGGUGGGGAUGAAGUGUGGAGGUGGCAUAUCUUUAUCCAUUUGGUUGUUGUUGAUACAUUUGACAAAAUAUAUUUGGGAUGAAUGUUUGGUGAUGCACUAGGGUUUGAUGGGAGAUGGAUGUGUGGUGAUGGCCUAGGAUGUGGGAUGUAUUUGUGGUGAUUGAGAGGGUUUGAAAGGGGUUGAUGUGUGGUGAAGGGUAGGUAAUUUGUAGGAGUAGAGUUUUUUUUAUCAAUAAUGUGUAGUAUUUGAGUAAGGUACUUAUUUAUUGGAAAAAUUAGACAUGUUGUUAGCUUUUGAAGUAUUGGUAUUGCAAUGGUAAUUACAUAUUAUUUUCAAGUAAGUAAUUUUUAUGCAUGGGUUAAAAAUUGUAGAUGGAUAGAUUGGUCCGGCUUCAUUAUGGUGGUUGUGUGGUAGAUGAAAGUACACAUGGAAGCCAAUUUGAGGGAAUGACAGUUAGACAAUUAGUGUUUUCUGUGAAACCUACCUUUGAGGAGUUAAUGUCUCGCAUCAAGCAUGAAUUGGAUUGGAGUGACGAGUCGGUUGGUAUGCAAGGGAGAUACGAUGUGGGCGGCGGUGUCAUGUCACAUAAGUUUAUGUUAGACUUGAAUGGAGAGAUCGAAUGGCAAACAUAUAUAGAUAUAGUAUUGGGGUCACAUUUCAAAUCUCUUGAGGUGUUUGCAUGGAAGAAAGAUGGUAGGAUAGGGAAGAAAGAACUUAUAGACCUUAAUGAAAGUCUACUCAUAGAAUCACCCAUUAACUGUCACGAACUGUCGGAGAGGUGUAGUAGGAAGGAAAAAUUGAUUGAGGAAGACGUGGAGGGGGGCGAGGGAGUAAAUGAUAUGGCGGAUGUGGAGGUCAGGGAGGAGAAUGACCCGGUAAGGGAGGAAGUACAUGCAGAGGAGAAUGUGCCGUUAAGGGAGGAAGUACAUGCAGAGGAUAAUGUGCCGUUAAGGGAGAAAGUUAAUGUGGAGGAGAAUGUGCUGGUAAGAGAGGAAGGAGAUGUUGAGGAUGGUCGGGAGGUAGGAGAUGAUGUGGAGUUGCCUGAGGAAGAAGCGAAUGCUAAGAAUGUAAGUAUGGGCCUAAGGGAGUUGGCUAGGCUGAAAUUCUAUACCCGAGAGGAGUGUGAGGAGGCUAUGAUACGCAGUGGAUUGAACCCAGGCUGGUUGGAGUAUGAUACAGAGGAUGAAUUGGAUGAAUCCGCUUCCGACUCCGAUGAUGAUCGUCUAGUGCGUAAGAUGUCAGAGCAUGAAAGGACUGUGUUUGCGAAACUGGUGGGUAGAAACCCGGAAAUAACACAAUUCGAGAAUCUUACCAGAUCCGGGCUAGCAAUUGCUGAUGGGGAUCCACAAUAUGACGGUGCCUUCGAACCAAUGUGUGAUGAACCAAGGAAGGGGUUGGAGUUUCGAUCGAUGGAUGAUCUGAAAAUAUGGCUACAGAGUUAUUCUAUCCGUGUCCACCGGCCGUACCAUGUGAAGGAAUCUAACGCGUCAGUAAAGUAUACUGUGGCUUGUCUCGAUCGCCAUUGCAAAUGGCAGAUUAAUGCAAGGAAGAGUGGAGGAGAUAGGUGGCGGGUGACUAGGGUGGGCGAAGACCACACAUGCUGUAGUGCGGAAGUAACCGGCAAGCAUUUGCAACUUACUUCAAGGUUUAUUGGAAAUAGGUUACAUGCAUUUGUGCGAGCUGAACCUACUUUAUCUCCAGCAGCGAUUGUCGAGGCAGUUGAGCAAAUAUAGCACUAUCGGCCUACGUAUGGCAAAGCAUGGCGUGCUAAGCAAGAUGCUAUGAAGGUCAUUUGGGGAGAUUGGGACGAGGCGUAUGUUCGCUUGCCUACACUGAUGCGUGCCAUCAAAGCAAAGAACCCUACCAUGCAUUUCCGUGUUGAGGCUCACCCCGAGAAGUCCAGGAUGGUGGAUGGAGUACAGAGACGAGUAUUUGGACGUGCAUAUUGGAUAUUUGGCCAGUCCAUAGAAGCAUUCAAGCACUUGAGGCCGGUGCUAGCAAUUGAUGGCACUUUCUUAACCGGUAAAUACCAAGGUACAUUGCUCACGGCAAUAGGGGUCGACGCCGGGUUACAUCUUGUUCCCUUGGCGUUUGCUCUGGUAGAGAAGGAGAAUACAUCCAACUGGGAGUGGUUCAUCAACAUGUUGAGAAACAAGCUGAUCGGUCCUAAUAGAGAAGUGUGUAUAAUUUCUGAUAGACACCCUGGCAUUUUGAACUCCAUCAUCCACAUCAUGCCUCAUCACCUAACCAUUCACCACAGGUGGUGCAUGAGGCACUUCUGUGCUAACUUCUACACAGCUGGAGCUACGACUGAUCAGAUGAAAGAUCUUGAGCGCAUAUGUCAAAUAAAUGAGAAAGCAUUUUUCCUAGAUGAGAUAAAACGCCUCAUGGGUGUGGUCGGAGAGAGGCCAAAGAAGUGGCUAGAAGACCACAUGCCACUUAAGGUCAAAUGGGCAAGAGCAUUUGAUACCAACGGGCGUCGCCAUAGCAUCAUGACUAGUAAUAUGGCCGAGAGUUUCAAUAAUGUAUUGAGAGGCAUUCGGAAACUGCCGGUUACAGCUAUUGUGGCAUACACAUUUUCGAAGUGCAAUAGUUGGUUUGUCGAUAGACACAAAGAGGCAACUGUAGAUAUCCUGAGUGGAAAGAAGUGGCCCACAAAAGUUAAGGACAUGUUGGAGGAGCAACAAAGACGAACCUUGGGGCAAAGAGCAGCAUGUUUUGAUUUCCCUUCGAUGAAGUAUGAGGUCAGCGAGCAAGGCGGAGUCACGGCGGCUGGGGUUCAAUGGGGUGGACGUCACUACGUCGUGGUUGCUCGAGAUAACACAUGUAGUUGUCAGUUCCCUCAGCUCCAUCACUUGCCAUGCCCCCACAUGAUAACCGUUUGUAAGUUGCGAGGUUUGGAUGUGGAGGUGGCCCCCCGAAUGUGUUAUGAAGCUUCCAAUAAGGCUGUGCAGGACUCGUACUCCCCUAGGUUUGAACCUUACCUAGAUCCAUCGCAGUGGCCAAGUUAUGAUGGAGAGUUCUUCGUGCCCGACUUGUCGUUAAAGAACAACACACGAGGAAGAAGAAGGACAAGAAGGUUCAAGAACGACAUGGACAAAGCAUACAAAGGCUCAGCCAACCGACGGUCACAAAAGCCGAACAAUACAAAUUCAGAGCCGGUCAUGCAAAAUAGAUACUCGCUAUGCCACGAACUAGGCCAUAAGAAAACUAGGUGCCCGAAGCGAGACAUGUCUAAGGAUCGACCGAAAAAGCGCCGUAGGACGGGGGGAGGUGGUGAGGGUAGCACACAGGAUGGAGCACUUUCCGGGGUUGGAGGAUUUCUACGAGGAGAAGCACCGGGCCCCACAGAUUGCCAGCGGAGAGCGCUUGAAGACCCUUCGAGUAAGAGGUCACACGGCGCACAUACUAUUCGACGACUGGUACGUCCCGUACCUACAGCGGGCGAAGCUCUUGGCGUUCGUGACCAUGGCACAGCGACCGGUGCCUCUGUACAACGCCGCUGCUCUGACGGCCCUAGUGGACCGGUGGCGUCCAGAGACACACACCUUCCACCUACCGUGCGGGGAGCUGACGGUCACUCUGGAGGACGUCGCCAUGAUCCUGGGUCUUCCUAUCCGGGGUCAGGCGGUCACAGGUGACACAGCGUCGGGGAACUGGAGGGAGAGGGUCGAGGAGUACCUUGGUCUGGAGCCUCCAGUGGCACCUGAUGGUCAGAGGCAGACGAAGACAUCAGGGGUUCCUUUGAGUUGGUUGCGAGCCAACUUCGGUCAGUGUCCCGCUGAGGCAGACGAGGCUACAGUACAGCGAUACUGCAGGGCGUAUGUGCUAUACAUCUUCGGCAGUAUUCUGUUCCCUGACUCUGGUGGAGACAUGGCUUCUUGGAUGUGGCUGCCGUUGCUCGCGGACUGGGACGAGGCGGGUACCUUCAGCUGGGGGUCGGCUGCCCUAGCCUGGUUGUAACGGCAACUCUGUGAUGCUUGCCGAAGGCAAGGCGGGGACGUGAACCUAGCAUGCUGUGUUUGGUUGCUACAGGUUUGGAUGUGGAUGAGGCUUCCAGUUGGUCGGCCCAUGUGGAGGACCCAUCAGGCUUGGCCGCACCAGGAUGCAGACCGACGUCCCUCUGUAGCUCACCUGUGGGAAUCGGUCCCAUCUCCAGUAGUAGGCCGCAGGAAUUUGGCGUACUACCACUACACAAAAGAGAUGGACUACCUACAGCCAGAACAUGUGGUGUGGAUGCCAUAUCAGGCACAGGAAGCGCUCGAGCUAGAACUGAAUCCCAUGUGCCAUAUAGAGGAUGCGUUGAAGACCCUACGGUGCCCACUGAUCUGCUUCUAUGCAGUGGAGUUCCAGAUGUGCCACCGCGUGAUGCAGCAAUUCGGGAGGCUUCAAACAAUCCCGCACCGUUUCUCCACGAGUAUCGACCUACACAAGGUUGACCGUCGGAAGAACAAGAAGGUGACUGAUUGGGCUUACUACCAUCAGGAUCAUAUCACGCAAUGGGAGAAGUUCGAGGAGAAUGGAGUACCAGACCAGGGUCAGCACAACGGGACGGAGUUCGACUUGUACUUGGCGUGGCUCCACAGGCCCUACCGUCUUGUCCUACGUCCGGCCUGGACACUAGCCGACAUAGCGGAUGACCCCGAGGAUGUUGAGGAGCAGAACGAGUACGAUACUCGUACCCGUCUAGGUACCACGGUCGAGACGGGACCUGUUCGCGACAGAGUGGCUCGAGAGCUCUUGCGGACCGUCAACGAUGCGGGAGUGGCGCUAGGCACGGCUCCUGGCUCCGAAGGAGAGGGCGGCACCCUCCGCAACGCCCUACAGAGACUACGGCAGCGAUGUCGGAAGUUGGCAGCAAGGCUCGGCUGCAGGUCGACUGAUGUGGUUGAACAUGCUCAUGCCCACCAAGAGGGGGAUGAAGAAGGGGAGGUGGGUGACGAGGAGGGCGAGCAAGACAAAGAGGCGGAGGAAGGAGAUCAGGAGGAAGAAGGGGAUGAGGAGGAAGAAGAGGAGGGGGACGAAGAAGAGGAGGCGGAUGAGCUCGGUCCCUCGCAGCUAGAGGACGCACCAGAGUCGUCACAGCCGGAUCUCUCGCAGCCCGGCCCGUCUCAACCACGACGCCGGUGGGCUCCUUCGCAGGACUGGAGGUACACCCCCGACGUGCCUCGUCCUCGCACUAGAGGUAGGAGGAGGUGAGUGCAUGGUUCAAUGGAUGGAUGGAUAGAUGGAUGGUUGGAUGGAUAGAUGGAUGGACUUGAUGCAUGGUUCGAUAGAUGGAUGGACUUGAUGCAUGGUUCUAUGGAUGUAUGGAAUGAUGUUGGGAUUGAUGGAUGGAUGUAUGUUCUGUAUGGUUCUCUGGAUAUAUUACUGCCUGUGAAUUUAUGUGAUUUGAUGUUUGCCUGUGUUGUGUGCAAAGUUUUGCUAAAGUUUAGCAAGGCUGGGACCUCAAUGCCAGGAUAAAUGGCGCUGACAUGUCCAACCUCAGC